GCGAUUACAAAGAAGACAGCGCAAUAGCAGUCUACAUGCUAUAAGCUGACCAUAGGUCUUCAAAAUGUGUUCGAAAUUACUUUGUAUGAUUCUAUUAUGCCUAUCGUUCAGCAAAAAGUCGUACGGAUUUAAUGUUAAAUGGGAAGAUAAAGGCUAUCCUGUUGGUUCGACUCGAGGCAGAGAUGACACCUAUAUAUUACGUCCUGAUCUGGAUUGCAAACAGCAUAUCUUAUCAAAUCACACACGUAUUCUAAGUUUACAUAUAGUGGACAAUUUGCCAGUUAAUUGCUCUUGGAUCAUUUAUGCAGGACCGGGUGAGCGCGUUUAUAUCAAUGAAUUGCUCUACAUUUUCACAGCUUUUGAAGGAUUCUCAUACAAAUCUAAAAAUUUUUUUGUCGAUGACGCUUUAAAUGUGAACAUCUAUGAUGGCAAUCAAGUAAAUGAAUCGAAACGUCUGCACAAACUUGGCGAUAAAAAAUUCGAAAAUGUCAUAUCAACUGGAAGGAAUUUAACCAUCACCUUAGAUUUCAGGAAGUCAGAUGUAUAUGAGCGUCAGUUCCUUGACAUUCAAAUUGCAUAUAUAUCGUCAAUGAAUUUGUAAUUAAUGUGAAAUCAAUAAA